CAGCCCUGUAGUGAACGUUGGAGACUACGCUCUUUAAUCCUCUGUCGUCACACUGAUGCAGCUGUGAUUUUAUAUCCUUGUGUUUGCUGUUCGAAUUGAGAAGAAAGAGCGAGCACGGCAUCAUCGCGCUUCCACGAGCAGCCCGCAUAUAAACAGCAUUUAUCCCACCUUUCACCACACCACAACACCAUAACACAACCAUCACAAGACUUAAUGUCACCACACGCUGAAAAGCCUACCACAAACGGCGACAUGAGCAAUGACAGUGCCCCCUUGACUAACGGUGAGACACCGCAGUCGAGGGUUCUUUCGCAUCUGCACUCCUAUCCCGUCGUCCACGACUCCGUCGAGUUCUACAAGUCCAACCCCUACGGCGCCAAGUCCCUCGCCCUCUUCCACAACACCUAUAACUCCUUCAUCGCGCCCUUCCACCCCUACCUCAAGACACCGUACUCCUAUAUCUCGCCGUACCUGACCCGCGCCGACGAGCUGGGCGACUCGUCUCUCAGCAAGCUCGAGCAGCGCGUCCCCAUCGUCAAGGAAGACACAAACAAGCUCAAGGAGCUCGCCUUCAGUCCGGUCGUAUACGUCGUCGGUACAUACCAGGAUGAAUACAAGAAGACACAGGGCCCGGAGGGUGUUGUCAAGACAGUGAAGGCGGGAAUCAGCACGGAGUUGAAGGUAGUGCAUGAUGCGUUCAACUUCGCUGUGGAGUACUGGAACAAGGGGAAACAGCAGGCGAGCAAGAAAGCUGAUGAGGUUAAGCAGUAGAGUUGCGCUCAUGAGGCUUGCUUUUGGAAGAGGUCCGGUGCGAAGGUUAAGAUUGCGGCCAGGGCGACGGUGCAUGUUUUUGAUGAGGAUGCGCCGCCGUCGCCGGGGCUGGUGACACUUGAGAGUGCACCGGCGGCUUGAUGGGUAGUGGGGAAUGGGAUGUGGUGGCGAAGUUGUUAGAUACCUUUCAUUAUUUGUCUUGGGGUAGUGAAUUUGGAAAGUACAUCCACCCUCGAGUAGGGU